AUGGACCCAGCAGCGCCCCCCUCCCACACUCAGCCGGGGACUUCAUCUGCUCGGCCCUCUCCUCCCGGUGCAAGUGAACCUAUAGAGGGGGAACGGUCGACAAUACCGACGUUGAGUAAUCCUCCGCCAUCUCUUCACGCACCAUCGAUUAUCCCACCGCUUUCUGUCCCUCCCCCAUCAUUGCACAUUCAGCGGCCACCUAGUAUUCCUCCACUACGAUUACAUGGUCCUUCUCUGCACACUCAACAACGACCUUCGAUACCCCCGCUCGGUUCUCACGGCCCUUCCUUGCAUGCCUCGAUUCCUCCGUUGCAAACCCACGCCCCGUCUUUGCACACGCAGGCGGCACCGACGAUCCCGCCCUUGGAAAGUCAUGCGCCCUCUCUUCAUGCUCCAGGUCAGACUACAAUGCCACCGUUGGCCACUCCAGCUCCCUCAUUGCACGGGGCUGCUUUGACACAGCUUCCCGCUCUUGACCACCCUCCCCCAUCGCUGCACGCGCAGGGAGUUAUGUCGUCUGGAACGCUGCGAGCCGAUUCUCCCUCACUGGAUGCUGAGGGGGAGGAAGACGACGAGUGUAGGUUGAUUCCCUUCGAGGAAGGACUAACAGCAGAUGAGCGCCUAAGACGCGAGAACAUGUCCAAGAACGCCUCGCUUCUUGUUGAGCUCGGUCUGACGACGUCGAUACCAACAGUCCCAACAUCUUCCACGCAAGCGUCUUCCUCAAAGUCCAAAAAGAAAAAAGGUCCAAGGAAGGAGCAUCGAGAUCGAUGGGGCCAUAUGAUCGGCCUCCCCGCUCCCGGGCGCAAACAGAGGAUGGCAUGCGUCGAGAUCCGCCCUGACAGAAAAGUCAAUCGAGCGAUCGAUUCCGGAGAGUACUACGACUCUACCAGUCUGACUGAAGGGGAGGAGAGGCGCUGGCGAUUCGGUGACGGAGAAGGCGGGGAACUCGCCGAGGGAGAAGCUCCCGAGGUCGGCGGUGUAGGAGCGGACUUCCGGUGGAAGACCCUGGACCCCGCCAUUGAGGCGGCUGAAGGCUUUGAUCUCGUCGAGGACACGGAACCGGAGCCCGCCGUCGAGAAGCCACCCCCAGCUCCCAAGAUUCCCUAUUCGUGCAAGCGCAAGACACAUCGUGCAAAAAUGGAGUGCCGAAACGUGAACCCAAAAUGCACCAACUCUUUCUGCGAGCCGUGCUGUAAGCGCUAUUUCGUGUUCGACGAGGAAGACCGAUCAUUCAUCUGUCCCGUCUGCAUGGGCAUGUGCAACUGCGCCGUCUGCCUCAAGAAGCGAAAGCUGACACACCUGAUCGGGGACAGGUUCGGCAAAGGGAACCCGGAUCGUCUUCCCGGAGAGACAGUCCAGGCGUACAUCGACCGCAUGAUUCAGCAGAAGGCUCCAGCCCCCUUUGACCGAGUUCGGUUGGUUACGAAAGCAGACGAUAUUCAGUCCCCGCCUCUUCCGGAAGAGUGGCAGGUUUACAUCGCCAAGCAGACCAACCCGCAUUUCGUUGAUCUUCGACCCAAGAGACCUGGUCGGAAGCGUCGAUCGGAGUCUGCGAAGGACGUGACUUCGCAGAAGGGCUCUGCUGAGGGGACUGCCGAGGCGUCGGCUGAGCGUCCUACAAAGGGGAUCACGGAAGGUGCUGCCGAAGCGACAGCUAUGGCAGCCGCAGGCGAUACUCCGGCGGAGGCGCCUGCCACGGAGGGUCAGUCCUCUUCCCACCCAGCUAAAAAGAUCAAGCUGAAGAUCAAGCGCCCGCCGAAACCCAAGACGACAACAACGAAGGCGCCGAAGGCUCCAAAGGUUCCCAAAGCACCAAAGGCUCCAAAGGCGAUCGCUCCCAAACCGAAGCCAGCGGGGCCGACGAAAACCGGGCGACCAAGAGGCCGGCCGAGGAAGAACAAGCCGGAGGAACCAGCUGAGGAUCCGUCGCUGGCGGUUCUUGCCGGCGGCUUCACGGUCGAGGACCUGCAGAAGCUCGCCAUGGAGUGCGCCGUGGCUCAGACUGGAGAGAAAGUCGUUGACUCUGAUGGCGAGACAAUCGACAACGGGUACUCUGACAUCUCUCCUUACUCGGGCCCGGGCGCUCCUCGGUGGUCUAGCAUGACGCCUCCACGCAGUCAGUCUGUGUCGCCCCACUCCGAGGGCUCCGUGAACGGGUCCGGAGCCCAGCCCGUCUCGAUCAAUGACUACCUGGCCCAGAUCCAACCACAGCCCUCCUCAACCGCUGAAGCCACCCCCGUCAUGGGCUCGAUCGAAGUCUUCGACUCGAGCGUUGGAGGCAUAUCGCCAGCGGUCAGUGGCCUCUCGCCCAUGGACCAUACAGCGGGCCAGGUUGUGUCGGCUCUCACGCCCGACCAGGGCCCGGCAGUUGGCGGAAUCACUCCCAUGGAGCCUUCAAGCUCUCAAAUGAUGGCAUCGGUCACACCCGAGCAGCUGCCCAUGGAACCUUCUGAGCCCGAAAGAGUUGCGGUCAUUCCUGUCGCAACCUACCUCCAGGAUACCUCGACCCUGCAAUCACACCAAACGGAACCACGGGAGCCGGCGAUUGACCGACUGCCGGAGCCGCUGCCGGAGUCGGUUGAGAGGUACUUCUCGGAUGCGCCAGCUGCUGCUUUCCGGUCCACGGCGUCGCGGGAGAGCGCAAUUGAGCGACACGAGGAGCGUCCUCAAGAGCGGCCGUCACAGCGGCUUCCUGAACGACUUCCGGAGCCGCUGCCAGAAACUGUGGAGCGCUACUUCUCGAGCUCGAGAACGGCUUCUACCGGCUUCCGUGCAGCGUCCGCCCGCGAGACAGUGAUCGAGCGCUUGCAGGAACCACUCUCGCAGCCAUCUCUCCGACCAUCCUCGUCCAACUAUUCGGGUUUGUCGCAGACGCUGACAUCACCUCUCGGCGCUCAGGCGGCGGCGCUCGGAAGCCAGCAGACAUCCCCACUCGCCCGCGCGGGCUGGGGUGAGCGUCCGUCGUCAAUGUCAACAAGCACGCCGACGCAGAAGUGGGGCGAGCGGACAAAGCAGCAGCCUACCCCGCCAUCCAAGUCGCUCUCGUUCGACCGCAUGUCCAUCUUCGGCCAGUCAGACUACCAUCGUGCUUCGACGUUCAGCCCGUUCCAGAUGGACUCUUAUCAGUCGUCGCACAACGACUCACCAACGCGGAGCCACAAGAACAGUAGCUUCGUCCACAGCCACAGCAGCAGCCACCAUCACAACGGCUCACAGAACCUCAGCAGCAGCCUCAGCCACUCGAGCUCCCAGAGCCACGGGCAGAGUCAUUCCCUCACCCACCCCGACAGCUCAAUCCGGUCGCAACUGCAUCCUUCGUCGUCGUCGUUGGCCUCGUCGUCAAUGUACCAGCCGCACCCUGCUUUUUCCGAGUACUCCUCUCGUCAGACAGUGGUGUACGAAUAUGAGCGUCGCGAGCGCUCGCCGUACAGCCAGACGUCGCACAGCCACCAUUCGUCCCAGCAACAACCCUCCUAUACUGCGUACGAAUUCGACAACCAUGACUCGCAGCCUUACCAGAGUCAGACCUCUCACUCGCAGCACCAGCAGUCUUCGAGUCACAACUAUAGCCAGCAAUCAAACUCCCAUCACAACCAGCAACAAUCCCACUCCUCGCUCCAAAGCGAACCACAUCAGCAUCAGUACCAGCACGAGUACUACCAGUACCAGUACCAGUCGCGCCGCUAA